UUCGACAGCUUAGACAAGCAUACACAAUGGGGAAUUGACUUCUUGGAAAGAUAUGCCAAAUUUGUUAAAGAGAGGAUAGAAAUUGAACAGAACUAUGCAAAACAAUUGAGAAAUCUGGUUAAGAAGUAUUGUCCAAAACGGUCAUCCAAAGAUGAAGAGCCAAGGUUUACCUCGUGCAUAGCCUUUUUUAAUAUCCUUAAUGAGUUAAAUGACUAUGCAGGACAGCGAGAGGUAGUAGCAGAAGAAAUGGCGCACCGAGUUUAUGGUGAAUUAAUGAGAUAUGCUCACGAUCUGAAAACUGAAAGAAAGAUGCAUCUCCAAGAAGGACGAAAAGCUCAGCAAUACCUUGACAUGUGUUGGAAACAGAUGGAUAAUAGUAAAAAGAAAUUUGAAAGAGAAUGUAGAGAGGCAGAGAAAGCACAACAGAGCUAUGAAAGAUUGGAUAAUGAUACUAAUGCAACCAAGGCAGAUGUUGAAAAGGCCAAACAACAGUUGAACCUGCGUACACAUAUGGCUGAUGAGAAUAAAAAUGAAUAUGCAGCACAGUUACAAAACUUUAAUGGAGAACAACACAAGCAUUUCUACGUAGUGAUUCCUCAGAUAUACAAGCAACUACAAGAAAUGGAUGAACGAAGGACUAUUAAACUCAGUGAGUGUUACAGAGGAUUCGCAGAUUCAGAACGCAAAGUUAUUCCUAUCAUUUCAAAAUGUUUGGAAGGAAUGAUUCUUGCAGCAAAAUCAGUUGAUGAAAGAAGAGAUUCUCAAAUGGUGGUAGACUCCUUCAAGUCUGGCUUUGAACCUCCAGGAGACUUUCCAUUUGAAGAUUACAGUCAGCAUAUUUAUAGAACCAUUUCUGAUGGAACUAUCAGUGCAUCCAAACAGGAGAGUGGGAAAGUGGAUGCCAAAACCACAGUAGGAAAGGCCAAGGGCAAAUUGUGGCUCUUUGGAAAGAAGCCAAAGGGGCCAGCGCUAGAAGAUUUCAGUCAUCUGCCGCCAGAACAGAGACGUAAAAAACUGCAGCAGCGCAUUGAUGAACUUAACAGGGAACUACAGAAAGAAUCAGACCAAAAAGAUGCACUCAACAAAAUGAAAGAUGUAUAUGAAAAAAAUCCACAAAUGGGGGAUCCAGGGAGUUUGCAGCCUAAAUUAGCAGAGACUAUGAAUAAUAUUGACCGUCUAAGAAUGGAAAUCCAUAAGAAUGAGGCUUGGCUGUCUGAAGUUGAAGGCAAAACAGGUGGGAGAGGAGACAGACGACACAGCAGUGACAUAAAUCAUCUUGUUACACAGGGACGAGAAAGUCCUGAGGGAAGUUACACUGAUGAUGCAAACCAAGAAGUCCGUGGACCACCGCAACAGCAUGGUCACCAUGAGUUUGAUGAUGAAUUUGAGGAUGAUGACCCCUUGCCUGCUAUUGGACACUGCAAAGCUAUCUACCCUUUUGAUGGUCAUAAUGAAGGUACUCUGGCAAUGAAAGAAGGUGAAGUGCUAUACAUUAUUGAGGAAGACAAAGGUGAUGGAUGGACAAGAGCCAGGAGACAGAACGGUGAAGAAGGCUACGUUCCGACAUCAUACAUAGAUGUAACUCUAGAGAAAAACAGUAAAGGUUCCUGAAGAGGGUUUCUGAGGAAAUGGGCAAGAUGUUGAAGGAGGUUACAUGCAGCUGCUUUUGGGGGGAGGGUAUUAGAGUUGUCAGGCACAAAGAGUGAGAGAAGCAAGUUGCAUGAGUGCAUGCAGACAUUUUUUUUUUUUUACUAACUUCGUUAGCAUUCCAUACAUUGUUUUAAAAAUUUGUUAUAAUACCAAUCCUUAAAUUCCUAGUUCACAGUUAUUAACAUAGAAGAAAGAAAAAAGCCAAUAAUGGCUGACCCUUUUCCAUUUAUUUUACUGGCGUGUCCAAAUCACAAACAGUGCAGAGCUGUCAUAAAAAUUUGUCUUAUAUUUGAUUGUCUCAAUAAGACUGUCUCUACCCAGCUCUGUUUUAAUUGCUUUUUAGACCCAUUGUCUGUUAGAAUUCUUGCCAUGUGUCACUGUCUGCCUGUGCCAUCUCCAUGCUUGCUUAACAUCCUGUUGCAUGUCUAGAGUGAUUAGACUUAGAUUUUUCAGGCAUGUCUUUAUAAUCCCUUGUUCAUGUCAAAGCCUUUGUUUUGUUUUACAUUUGUAGUGCAGAUCAUUUUGUCAAACAUCUCCAGCACUAAUGUUUCCAUCUUAGUAUUUGUGUACGCUGCUACAACUUCCCCACUGCAAACAUUCCAAUUUUGGCAUUAUGAAGACGUGGUCUGUGAACCUGAAGUAUUUAUGAUAAGAAAAAGAAAACAUCUCUGCUCUAGCCUACAGCCCAGUUGAAAGGACUCUUUGAAAAGUGAUACAUCUUCAGCACCUCAGUCUGGGAAGAAUCUAUAGUCAGCACUGAAGUCCUGGCAUAAUAAACACAGAAGAUACCACCUCAAGACAAAGGACUGUUGUCAAAAGUCAGCUGCUUCCAUUCAAAUGCUGCCUUAAACUAGAGUGCCUAAAUCUGUUGAUUGCCAACACUACCACUACAGUAUCCCACAAAGGGCUUUGUGUCAGCUCAGUGUGACCUCCUUUAACUCUGCAGCUCUGCUGCAGCUGCCGAUGUAGCCUCGGUAGGUAGCUUUUAGAGCUCUACCAUGUACAAUGGUGCAUCUUCAAAUUUAUGCAUCAAACUAAAGACAUGUCUGAAGUCCAUUUUACUUAGUGUUUUAUGAGAAGUUUUAUGAACCUCCCCAAUCGUCUUUUAAUUUGAGGUUAUAAUGAUCUCAUUUGGUUAUUGCAAUGAUAGUCUGUUUCCAAGUGAUGCUUUUGUUUGAAUCAGAUAAAAUUUAGUUAAACUUUGUAAUGAUCUAUGUGCACUUUUACUUGUAAAACGGAAAUUUCUGUAUGUUUAUACUUGUAAAUAUAAUUGUCCUUAGUGUCCCUAUUGCUCAUGUUAUCAUGCCUCACAUUUGUGAUUCUGUUAUUGACUUGUACCUGAACUAAUUUCUUAGUGAUGUUGUACUAGGGAGAUGGGUGGGUGGGGAGUUAUUUGUACCACUGAAGCUUCAUUAAUUUGGUUCUUUAAUGUUUUGAGGGGAGAAAUAAUGUGAAAUGGUUUGUGUAUUAUUGGAUUUUAAGCAAUAUUUUAGAAGCUAUGUGACUGUUUUAAUAAAAUUUUCCCAGUGUUAUUUGAAUCAUACUACCAGUUACACUAAAGCUGAAUGACAAUUGUGUGAAGUUAAUGCCUUCCUAAGAUCAAGUAUACCACUGUUACACAGUUGACAUAGUGUAUUACCUUUGAGGCUAGUAAACUAUAAACUUUAGAUAUUGAAUCUCGUUACAGGGUUAUUUAUAUAAUGUGACAUUAUUCAAUACUGACCGACUACAUGAAGUAGUUUUAAAAUCUAGUGCUAUUUUUAUUUUAAAGGUUAGCAAUGAGAAGGAAAUGUGAUCUGGCUGUGUUUGUCUUCUGUACAAAGCCUGCAGUGCUUAUGUUUUUUUGGCUAACAGCCACAGAGGGCAAAGUUUAAGGCUUUCUUGUAAGGACUAACUGUUCUUUUGAAGCUACUGUUUGUUUUUCUAAAAGCAGAAUUUGCUUCCGAAGGAGGCAGGUUCCUUCAUGUGGAAUAGUGCAACCUGUAUAUGGGUUAUUACAAUAGGAAAGACAUUUGUACUUGCACAGUUUAAAUCAUUAUUAAAUCAUUCUUAAAUUUUGAACAUGUGAAUUGUCCAAAAGAAAUCUUAAAAAUUUUCAGUAAUUUUUACUCUUUGUGCACAUGUUGAUUUCUUAAUGGUAAAUUGUUUAAGAUAGUGUUCUCUGUUGAGAAUAUUUUCAUGGAAUAAAACAAUCUUUUCAUGGUCAGUUAA